AUUACAAGUGUCAUCAGAAUCCAGACAUGUUUAACUAUUAAUUUUUGUUCAAGAAUAUGGUAUUCAAUGUAUUACCCUCAAAAUAAGAAACUGUCAUUAGCAUAUGUAUGUGUAUGCAUUUACAGCCAAAUCAAAAUAUAUUAAUCUACCGUUCCAAAAUAUUUAGGCUUCCAAUAUUACAUCUAAGAAGAGAGUUAAGAGAAAAAAGAAAGCGCUUGAGGAAGAGAAGAAGUGAUGGCACAUUACAGAGCAGGCUCGGAGAUAGAGAACGUGUUAAACGAUAUAAACACUAGUCGCCGGGAAAAGGAGGAAGAUGAAGAUGAAGCCAUGAAAUGGGCGGCUCUGGAGCGUCUUCCUACGCACGACCGGGUUAGUAAGGCCAUGUUGAGAGGGAUCACAGGAGGUUUCAAGGAGAUUGACAUGAAGGAUCUUAGCCUCGAGGAGAGAAGAGAGCUAUUUGAUAGAGUGGUUGCGAUGAAUGACGAUGAUUGGCAUGGAUUCUAUCUACGGAGACUAAAGAGACGUACCGAUAGAGUCUCUUUGAAACUCCCAACGAUAGAAGUCAGAUUUGAGAAUGUGAACGUGACCACAGAAGCAUCUAAAGGCAGCAGAGCUGUUCCCACAGUCAUUAACUCAUACGUCAGCGUUGCAAAAGGUGUUGCAACUAAAAUCGGAGUUCGUCGGAGUAAAAAGGCGACAAUCUCUAUUCUAAAAGAUGUUAGCGGAAUCAUCAAGCCUGGCAGGCUGACUCUACUUUUAGGACCACCAGGCUCUGGAAAGUCGACCCUACUUAAAGCAUUGUCUGGAAAGAUAGAAAGUGGACUAAAAUGUACAGGGAAAGUGACAUACAAUGGUCAUGAAAUGCAUGAGUUUGUACCUGAAAGAACUGCUGCCUAUAUCGGCCAAUACGAUGUUCAUAUGCCAAAGCUGACAGUUCGUGAAACAUUAAAGUUCUCCGCAAAAUGUCAAGGAGUCGGCACAGGCUACGAUAUGCUUGAGGAGUUACUGAGACGGGAGAAAAAAUUUAAUAUCAAGCCAGAUCCUUACCUCGAUGCGCUAAUGAAGGCUUCGGUAAUAAAAGAACACAAAGAGAAUGUCGUUACAGAUUACGUUUUAAAGUUACUAGGACUUGAGACAUGUGCUGAUACUAUAGUUGGAGACCAUAUGGAAAGAGGCAUCUCUGGCGGGCAAAAGAAACGUGUGACGACCGGCGAGAUGUUGGUCGGACCUGUCGGAGCUUACUUUAUGGACAACAUAUCAGAUGGUUUAGAUAGUUCAACGACGUUUCAGAUUGUCAAGUGCAUAAAGCAAAUGAUCCAAGUUUUCGAUAAAACCGCUCUUGUCUCUCUUCUCCAGCCUCCUCCAGAGACAUUCGAGCUCUUCGAUGAUGUCAUCAUUCUUGGAGAAGGCCGUAUCAUUUACCAAGGACCUAGAGAAGACGUCCUCGGCUUCUUUGAGUCUAUGGGGUUUAAGUGUCCUGAAAGAAAAGGAGUUGCUGAUUACUUGCAAGAAAUUUUAUCAAGAAAAGAUCAAGAACAAUACUGGGCUAAUCCAGACCUACCAUAUCAUUAUGUAUCGGCAAAAAAGUUCGAGGAAGGAUUCAGAACGUACCAUCUCUGGAGCACAAUCAGUUCUCAGCUAGCAACACCAUUUGAUAGAAAGAAGAAUCACAGAGCAGCCUUGACAAAGACUAGAUAUGGAGCUAGAAAGAUGGAUCUGCUAAAGGCCUGCUUAGCAAGAGAACAUAUUCUAAUGAAAAGAAACUUUAAAAUCUUUGGCCUCAAGUCAUUUCAGCUCAUUUUCAAUGCAAUCACGAUAUCCAUUGUGUUUUCGACACAAAGGGAAUACCACAACACGAUAGAGGAUGGAAUCAUCUACAUGGGAGCUAUCUAUUUAGAAAUACAAAUGAUUGUCUUCUCUGGCUUUUUUGAGCUUCCUAUGACAAUCGAUAAACUUCCCGUGUUCUACAAGCAACGUCGUUUCAGCUUCUAUCCAUCGUGGGCUUUCUCGUUACCAGCUUCAGUCAUCAACUUUCCUAUAUCCUUCGCAGAAGUAUUGAUUGUGGUUUUUAUAACUUACUACAGCAUUGGAUAUGAUCCAACCAUCACAUCGUUUUUAAAACAUUACUUGAUUCUAGCAUUGUGUGGACAAAUGUCGUAUGGAUUUUUUCGGUGUAUCGCUGCAGUGACUAGGAACCAUGUGGUUGCAAACACAAUGGGAUGUCUUGCUGUUAUGUGGCUGAUGACAUUCAGUGGAUAUGUGUUAUCUCGAGACCAAGUGCACAAGUGGCUAGCAUGGGCGUAUUGGACAUCCCCAUUUAUGUAUAUUCAAACUGCUGUUUCUGUCAACGAGUUCCGCAGCAAGUCAUGGAAAGAUGGUCUUGGAGUUGCAAUCUUGAAAUCACGAGGAUUUUUUGUAGAGACUUACUGGUACUGGAUUGGACUUUUGGCAUUGAUUAUAGCCACAACCUUGUCCAACAUUGUUACAUCUUUGUGUCUAGCUUUUCUUAAACAAUAUGGAGUAUCCAAGUCUGCGGUUUUACGGGAUGAAUGUGAAGAAUCUGAUAGCAAUGCAUAUUCAAGUGUGGCGACAAAAAGAACUUCCAACGACAAGAAACUGCGGAUACCCUUCAAGCCUUUAUACAUCACGUUCGAGAACAUCAUGUAUUCUGUUGAUACUCCAAAUGAAAUGAAAAAAAGAGGGAUCAAAGAUGAGAAACUAGUGCUACUGAAUGGACUAAGUGGUGCUUUUAGGCCCGGUCAUCUCACUGCGCUUAUGGGCAUGAGUGGAGCAGGCAAAACUACAUUGAUGGACGUUUUAGCCGGGCGCAAGAACACUGGUUACAUUACAGGGGACAUUAAUGUCUCUGGCUUUCCUAAAAAGCAGGACAGCUUUGCUCGUAUUUCAGGAUACUGUGAACAGUUUGACAUACACUCCCCUCUUUUGACAGUCUAUGAGUCCCUUCUUUAUUCAGCAUGGUUGAGGUUACCUCCUAAUAUCGACGCAAGUACUCGAGAGCUAUUCAUUGAAGAGGUGGUGGAGUUGAUAGAGUUAGAACCAUUGAGAGGUAUGUUGGUUGGUUAUGUUGGAAUUAGCGGUCUUUCGACCGAGCAAAGAAAGAGGAUGACAAUAGCUGUAGAGCUUGUAGCCAAUCCAUCUAUUCUUUUCAUGGAUGAGCCAACAUCUGGCUUGGAUGCAAGAGCUGCUGCUAUUGUCAUGAGGACUGUUAGAAACACUGUUGACACUGGAAGAACUGUUGUCUGCACCAUUCAUCAGCCUAGUAUUGAUAUUUUUGAAUCAUUUGAUGAGCUUUUCUUAUUGGCUAGAGGUGGAGAAGAGAUCUAUGUUGGUCCAAUAGGCCACAAUUCCUCACAACUAAUUGAAUACUUCGAGGGAAUAAAAGGAGUAGGUAAGAUCAAGGAAGGUUAUAAUCCAGCAACAUGGGCACUAGAAGUAACAACAAGGGAACAAGAAGAUGUUCUUGGUGUCAAAUUUGCUCAGGAAUACAAAAACUCAAACCUCUACAAGAGAAACAAAGAUCUAAUUAAGGAACUAAACAAGGUUCAACCUCAUGCACAAGACAUUCAUUUCUCAACAAAGUACUCACAAUCCUACCUCACUCAGUUCCAAGCUUGCCUGUGGAAGCUACACAAAUCAUACUGGAGAAACGUUCCUUACAACGCCGUCCGUCUUUGUUUCGCGGCUGCGGUUGGAAUCUUGUAUGGGAUCAUCUUCUGGAGCCUUGGCAAAAGAAUGGGAACAAGAGAAGAUAUAUACAACAGCGUAGGCGCUAUGUCAAUCAUUAUUGGCUUCUUAGGCUCACAAAGUGCGGCCACUGUGCGUCCUGUGGCAAUAGCUGAACGUACUGUCUUUUACCGAGAGACCGUUGCUGGAAUGUACUCUGCUCUACCAUAUGCAUUCUCACAGGUGAUAAUCGAGAUUCCAUAUACAAUGGCUAAAGCUUGCAUCGUUUCAACUAUUGUCUAUGGGAUGAUUGGAUAUGAAUGGACUGCUUCCAAGUUUUUGCUAUACACAUUCUUUAACUUCAUUACCAUCAUCUACUACAUCUACACUGGCUUCAUGCUCAUUGCUGUAAGUCCUAAUCAAGAAACCGCUGCGAUACUCAAUGGUAUCAUCUCCACAACGUUGAACGUCUUCUCAGGAUUCACCAUUCCUCGUCCUAGAAUGCCAGUGUGGUUGAGAUGGUUCCCGUACGUUAGUCCAGCGUGGUGGGGGUUGUAUGGAUUGACUAUAUCUCAGUACGGAGAUGUGGAGACGAGGCUUGAUACAGGUGAGACGGUGAAAGAGUUCAUGAAGAACUAUUAUGGUUAUGAACAUGACUUCUUAUGGAAGGUCUCACUUGUCCUCAUCUCCUUCUGUUUGCUCUUUGCCUUUAUCUAUGCUCUCUCGGUUAAGACUCUCAACUUCCAAAAGAGGUGAGCCUUUGUUAUACCUCCAUUAGAAGCUUGACCUAAGUUCAACUUUCUUUCUCUACAAGCAAGGUCCAGACUGAGAUUUUGGGGAUUAUCGAUAUUUUCUAUAUAACUUUUAUUU